AUGAGCUUGUGGUGUGCACUCGCUCUCGCCCUCCUGCCGGCGACCACCCAGCUGAGCGUGAGAUCGGAUGGAGCAGACGUGGAUGCCGACGGCACGGUGGACGAUCCGGUAUAUGAUUUCGGCGGCUUUUUCGAGUUCGUUGGGCGGGAGAAGGAGCAGGAGGAGGAGGAGAACCAGCAGCUCGUCGGGCAGGGCCGCAAGAUCGCCGAGACCUCGGAUCUGGCAGGGCCAUGGAAGGCGCCACUGAGCCCUGGCGACACUUACCCUAUGUCAGCGUCUUGGCCUCUCAGUAGCACAGCGCAGUGCACUGGCGCCGACAUGACGAUCCUUAACGAUUGGGCUUUGAAACAGGCGAAGAAGAAGAUGCCACCUGCCUAUCGCGCGGGGGAUUUCAAAACAGGAUCGUGCUACACGGGGGCCGAGGCUUCUGGCUCGUGGGAUAUGACGGGUGCUUCUGGGUUUGUCCCGUGCUACCAGUCGUACUUCCCUGUCUCCACGCCGUGCGCCACCUGCAUCGGGAGCGUCUACUUGAUGGCCAAGUACAACAUGUCGACCCCGUGCUACAAUCUCUGCAAGGGGCGUCCACACAGGAGGGACGGCGCCCACUGGUGCUGGGAAGAUUGCCAGUCUUGCAUGUGGUACAUCGGGAAGAAGCUGUCAGACUGCUACGGGGAGCCUUACGACAUGGCGUGCAAGUACGCCAAGGAGCUUGGGAAGGAGGGGUGGUUCGAGAAGAACGGCAUCGAUCCCAACGGUGCGUUCCCGUAG